AAAUAUUCCAGAUUUUUUCCAGUAGAAGAAAAAAUGAAGUCAGCAGUAAGCUUUUUAAUCAUAUUGGGCAUGGCUGUCAUCAAUAUUUCAGCUCUACCUUAUCAUUUCGAUAUGACUAUUAUGAAUAAUAAGUACUGUUCAAAGCCAAUCGCAACCACCUUUGUCUCAAGAUUUCCAUUAUGUAUUGCUGAAUAUGCCAAAUCUUAUACACUCGCUGGCUAUGCAUACAAAGAUAGAAGAUGCUAUCUUUAUGACAAGAUUCCAGAAUCAUGUAUCACAGAGAAUAUUGGAGCAAAAUUAUACAUUAGAAAAACUGAAUAUAUUCUUCCCCAAUAUUACAUUACUCAAAAAAAAGGAUCACCCGGAAAUGAUAUAAAAAUAAUAACUGAUGCUACAAUAGCCAAGUGUCAUGCUUGGUGUCAGAGCAAUUCAAAGUGCAUAGCCUUCUCAAUAAACUUUAGAAGAAAGAUGUGCUGGUUAAAAGACACACUAUUGCCUAGUUACCAAUAUAGAAGCAGAAGUGACAAUCUCAUGUACAGGAAGGACAAAACUGUACGAAAAAUAUUCAAUUUUGAAACACAUCCUCAUCGAAGUAUUGAUGGUAAUUUCAUGAAAUUAUCUUUCAAUGGCGAUCCUCAAUCCUGUUCAAGCUUUUGCAGUAGAACUUCAGGAUGCGUUGCUGUUUCUGUUCACUCCAAUGCUUGUAGAUUGUAUAGCAAGGUUGAUAAAUUGAUGUAUUCAACUCAAAGUCAUGUCUAUGUCAAGAAAUAGAAUAUUAAUUAUUUUGCCUCUGACUCUUAUUUAAAAUAAACUUACUCUUUCAUUCAAUGAUUAAAAAAAUAUUGUGUUUACUUGUUUGUCAAACUCUGCGAUAAUUUCUACAAAUAGGCAUAAAUGUAGGAGAAAUUUAGAACAUUUGAUAGUGUCUGUACUUUAUCAUAUUGUAAUUGUAGGAAUUUCUAGCUUGUUAACAUCAAAUUCGUCCCUUCCAAUCAUUUACCAAUUGAACAAUUAAAGGUUCUUCCUGGAUAGGUUGUACACGGAUUGUUGUAUGUUAAGUUCAAUAAAACCAACAGCAAAACCCAGAG